GGAACUCACAAAACGUUAUAAACAAAAACGUAAACAAAAAACACGACACGAAGUGAAACUCUAAAUUAAUCGGCUGCUGGAAUAAUUAUGUGAAAACUUCUUCUCAACAAAAAGAAAAAUGACUGAAAGUGUGGACCCGGUCGUCUUGAAAACGUUUGGUCUGCUUUUGGGAACGCACUACGAGAUUAUUGAGAAGUGCCUCGUGAACUUGAAACCAGCCGAACUGUGCCGAGUGGCCAGGGUGUGCAAAUCGUGGAGCAAAGUGGCAAAGUCCCUCGUGGCAAAACAAAGCAGACCCAUGGCCGUAAUAUGUGAUGUUGAGACCAACCCGAUGAAGGAGGUGGUCACGACUGACGCAAUUAAACACUGCUACGAAGACUGCAUUGGCUAUCAGUCCACAGUGUGCUUCUCAUUUGUGGCAGAAAAAUGCUUUCAGCAACUAGAUCUUCCGGGACUGAGGAAAUUCAUGUCACCGUCGUGCAGGAAUUUUUGCGUGCCGGCAGAUGGGAUCGUCGGUACCAAAUUGGAUGGCACCGCUGAUGCUUUGUUGAGCUUCCAGUUCAUUCCGAACAACGCUCGCUGCAAAUUCAAAGCUAGGUUGAGCAGCUUUCUGCUUCCACCUGUGCCAGGAGUGGAAAUUUACACAUUCCAUGGAACAACUGAUCCAUCGGCAGAGUACAGAUUUCAAAACGAAAAGCUGGAUUCUGGAAGUAUUGCUGAAAUAAUUCCACAAAGUGAAAAGGUCAAGUGUGCUGUGGUUGUUGCAUUUGAAAGCCCUGAGCGAGCUGCUGAGUUUUACUCGGAUUUGGCCAAAAGGCAAGAAGAGCCCUUUGCAUUUGGUGGCUAUUUUGCCUCGGACGAAAACUCCAUGUACGCUGAUUACGGAGUGGCUCAAAGCUACAGGACUUUGUCAGCUUGUGGAAUUGUGAUAACCGGGGACAAUGUUGAGGCAGCCUCGGUCGUUGUGAAAACACAAUCAAACAAAGACAUCAAGGAGAGUUUGGAAAAGCUCAAGGCAAGCAACUUUCCUGACAAAAACACCAUUUGCCUGAUGUUCAGCUGCGUUGGCAGGACGAAAACUGCAAAAGAGAUAAAAGUUUACCAAAGUUUAUUCCCAAAUGUGCCCUUAACUGGCUGCACAGGGUUUGGGGAAUUCGGCAUGGACUGCUUUGCAGGCAAUGAUAGAGAUCAACCUUCUUUGAACAAGAAGAUCAAAGAGGAGAAAAGCAUGCUUCACAGUUUUGCUUCUGUUUACGUCAUGAUUCAUUGGAAGAUUUGAUUUAAUCAAUUUUUGUUUGUAUUCAUCAUUACUCUCAUAUUUGUCAAUCGUCGAGGUCUUAAAAGUCACUAAAAUAACAAUCUGGAUAAUGAACUUUUUUACACGUUUAUUUCAUGUCAAAUUUAUUAAUUUCUUCUAAAUGUAUUAUUAUUAUUAAGGGUGAGGCUUCACUUGUUUUGUAAGAUUUAUUGAAUAUUAAAAUGGACUGGAAAUUAGAA